AUGCCAGGACCCAAACUCGCCGCCUCCCUCCUCACUCCAAACGAGGCAGAGCAAUACAUGCGUAUUCGACACGCCGCCUUUGCGCACGACGUCAACAAAAUCUUUUAUUUCCAUCAGCACGAACCCUCCCAGGCCACCCUCGAGAGCGUCACGCAGAGCAUCCGCGACGGCAUCGCCAAAGGUAUUCUCUACCUCAAGUGCGUUGAUACCAGCAACGGCGAGAUCAUAGCUGGCGCCCGCUGGCGCUACAUCCGACCUCAUGACCCCAACGCCACGUCUCGUACCUGGGAUGAAGUCAAUGCCGAGCUGGCUAUCCCGGAAAUGUAUACCGAGAGUCAUCCGGAUGUCUGGCGCGCGUUCUAUGAGCUGUUCAACCAGAGUAAGAGGAAGCAUAUGGGAACGAGGCCGUACUGGGUGCUUGACACGCUGGUGACGCAUCCGGACCAUCACAGGAGGGGUGCUGGAGGCUUGCUACUCCGAUGGGGAUGUGACAAGGCAGACGAGGCGGGCAUGGAAACGUAUCUGGAGGCUAGUGAAAUGGGGGAGCCAUUGUACAAGAAGUACGGAUUCGAGCCAGUGGAGAGCAUAGCGCUCGAUUUGAGGAACUGGGGUGGUCCGGAGGAGAUUCGGUGGACGCUGAUGAUAAGACCUGCCAAAGCUUGAGUGGGUGCAUAGCAAACUCUAGGUCUUGAAACAAAAAUUCAAUGGACAUGUAGAAAAUAGAACCUGGAGGACGUCAGACGCCACAGAC